GAGAGGCACCACCCGCAGCCCUGAGCGGAGCUGCAGCUGACGGUGGCCGCCUCGCCUCCCAAGCACUUCCCAGCAGUCAUGGAAAAAACUUCUACAGAUGCAUUUCCUUCUACUAUGAAUUCUUCAGAAAAGCAAGAGACUGUAUGUAUUUUUGGAACUGGAGAUUUUGGAAGAUCACUGGCACUUAAAAUGCUCCAGUGUGAUUACUCUAUUGUUUUUGGAAGUAGAAACCCGCUAAGGUCCAGUUUGCUGCCCAACGGUGCAGAGGUCUUGAGCUAUUCAGAAGCAGCCCAGAAAUCAGACAUCAUAAUCUUAGCAGUCCACAGAGAGCAUUAUGAGUUUCUCAAGGAACUAACUGAGGUGCUCAAAGGAAAAAUAUUGGUCGACAUCAGCAACAACCUCAAAAUCAAUCAGUAUCCAGAAUCUAAUGCAGAGUACCUUGCUCAGUUGGUGCCAGGAGCCCACGUAGUCAAAGCCUUUAACACCAUCUCAGCCUGGGCUCUCCAGUCCGGAGCACUGGAUGCAAAUCGGCAGGUGUUUGUCUGCGGAAAUGACAGCAAAGCCAAGCAAAGAGUGAUGGACAUUGUUCGUACUCUUGGACUUACUCCACUGGAUCAAGGAUCUCUCAUGGCAGCCAAAGAAAUUGAAAACUACCCCCUGCAACUAUUUCCAAUGUGGAAGUUCCCCUUCUAUUUGUCUGCUAUUCUGUGUGUCUUCUUCUUUUUCUACUGUAUUAUAAGAGACAUAAUCUACCCUUAUGUUAAUGGCAAGAAAGAUAGCACAUUUCGCUUGGCUAUUUCCAUUCCAAAUCGUAUCUUUCCAAUAGCAGCACUUACAUUGCUUGCCUUGGUUUACCUCCCUGGUGUUAUUGCUGCAAUUCUGCAACUGUACCGAGGUACAAAAUACCGCCGAUUCCCAGACUGGCUUGACCACUGGAUGCUUUGCAGAAAGCAGCUUGGCUUAGUAGCACUGGGAUUUGCCUUCCUUCAUGUCCUCUACACACUUGUGAUUCCUAUUCGUUAUUAUGUACGAUGGACACUGAAAAACAGAACCAUUACCCAGGCAAAAGCCAAGACAGAAGAUCCAUUUAGCACCUCUACUGCCUGGCUUAAUGAUUCAUACAUAGCUUUGGGAAUCCUUGGAUUUUUCCUGUUUGUACUCUUGGGAAUCACUUCCUUGCCAUCAGUUAGCAACAUGGUCAACUGGAGAGAGUUCCGAUUUGUCCAGUCCAAACUGGGUUAUUUGACCUUGAUCUUGUGCACAGCCCACACCAUGGUGUAUGGCGGAAAGAGAUUCCUCAGUCCUUCGAGUCUCAGAUGGUAUCUUCCUUCAGCCUACGUGAUCGCGCUCAUCAUUCCCUGCACCGUGCUGGUGAUCAAGUUCAUCCUCAUCCUGCCAUGUAUAGACAAGACCCUUACACGAAUCCGCCAGGGCUGGGAAAGGAACUCAAAACAGACAUCAAAAGGACAAUAUUUGAAGCAAAGUUCAAUUUACCUGGACUCUCAGCUAUAGUAUUGUAUAUUUAGGGAAGACUACAUAAUGGGCACAGUUAAGAAAGCAUUUUUCUCCCACCUUGGCCUGAAGUUUGUUAACAGAGAAGGAAAUGUUGCCUGACUUUGAGAAAUUGACAGAUAGGAAUAGAACACCAUUUAAUCUCAGGUUAGUGAUGAACCUAUGUAGGUUCCUGCCUCUCUUCUUCCCAGAGGCAGCAGGCUGAGGUCACACUGAGUUUUGUGGCUUCACACUAAAACAUUUUUUUGUUAUGGGCAACAUGCAUGACCUAAUGUCUUGCAAAAUCCAGGGGAAAUACAUGCAACUUCCUUCUCUGGUUCAAGGGCUGAGUGCAAUGAAAAAGAAAACAGUAAGAUGGUGGCCACUGAUAAAGUCUUUCUGAGGUAUGUCUGAAAAAGGGGAACAAAUGAAGUAAAAGGAAUGAAAAUUUU